AUGCUUCUCGAUGUUGCUAUUAACGAAGUGAAUAUGCUAAUUGAGUACUUCAAGGAGUUUAGAGAAAGAGGGUUCUCCAAGGCGAUUGAUGAUGCGAAGGAACUUUCUAUUGAAAUGAAUAUUGAUCCAUAUUCUCUCAAAAGCGGCCGCAACUUAAGUAUGAGUACGUCAGUUUAUGCUCAUCUGCACACUCAUACCAUGAGCAUAUGUAAUCUGCAUCAAUAUAGCGAGUUGCAGGGUUCAAAAGUCAACAAACUGCAGAUGGUUGGGGAAAUGAAGAAUGACUCAGGGAAGGUGACACAAGACAUGGAUCAAGGACACUGUGAAUCCAGUACCACUUUAACUUUGGUGAACGAUUUAAAUAAAUUAAUGAGCAAUGUUUGGUCUAUGUCAAACAUGCAUGAAAGUCUUGGCGCUUGUUUAGAAUAUAUGGAUGAGGAGUUGCCAAAAUAUCUAUGCGAGGUACAUUUUCCGCCAGAGAUGUUUGAGUUUGCAGAGGAGAAACCAAGAUCUAUCAAACCAGAGUCACUUCUACCAACUUUUAAUGAAGAUUUUGAUGAAGAUGAAUUUUGCUAUUGGAUAGAAGAUGUAGAAAGUGGUUUUGAGUAUUGUGAUGUCGCAGUGGAUAAACAAGUAGAAGUUGUAGUCAGAUGCACAUUGCCACUUGAAGGAGAGGCUUUCAAAUGGUGGCAAGGUAUCCAAGAGCUAAGCAAGAAAGUCGAUGGAAAACAUUCCAUUGGGUGGAAUGAGAUGAAAAACUUGUUUAUGUCUAAAUACCUUUAUCCAAAGAUUGUUUGAUAGCUAACAAAACAUCCUAAGUUUCUUUGUGACGGAUUUAGAAUUUGAUUACACCCAAGGAAAUGGAAUUGCAUCUAUUUGGAAUUUAAGGAAAUUUGAAAUCCUUUUGGCUUUAUGUUUCAACUUUUUUGUAU